AUGUCCGAACCCAUCUCUGACACCGCGCAACCUAGCACAGAGAUUUCUGUUCACUCCUCUCGAUCCGCCAUGCCAUUCAUUGAGGAAGACAUCGAGAUCAAGUCCGAGAUCAAGGCUGAGCCUACCGGAUGUGAAUCGCCUCUCUUUGAACCACAACAGUCAACUUCAGCAAAAGAGAGAUCGAGACUCUCUCCUGAGCUCGGUCCCCGAGCCUACGGCGGUGGUCCUGUCAAGGACUACGUUCCUGGAACGCAGUACAAAUACUCAAGGCAUGAAGCUGUGCCAGAACUUGAAGUGAACAGCCACCACCACCAGAAGGCCAUCGAAAACUUUCUCUACAAUAUAAGAGAAGUUGUGUUGCCAGCUAUAUCUCCUUACAAGGACGACGACAAGUCAAUCGACGACAUGGUCAAGUGGUUCACCAAGAACGCCAACGUCCCUGAGAUCCCCCAAACCGUCUUUGCUUUGCUCGGCAACAGUGGCUCGGGAAAGACCACCACUCUUAACAACCUCUUGGGUGAAGCUGGUCUUGCCAACGCCGACGCUUCAUUGGCCAGUGUUACUCAAAACCCUCAGCUUUUCAAUCACCUUGCCGGACAGCUUGUGCGCUUUUCAGUGGAGGUGUUGUUUCUGAAUGGUCGAAGCAACGAGAAGCUGAUCAGAAAAUGCCUCAGUGAUCUGGUCAAGUACGUCAGAUACAUAUCGAACGACGACGCGGAAGAAGAGAAUGACGACGUUCGCGAGGCAGCCGAGUCAAGCAGGCAAGUAUUUGACGAUCUUUUCUCUGAUCAAGACGGAUUGAAGAGCUUGGAUGAUGUCGAAGAGUUCCUGGAGACCAGAAGUCUUCUUCCUCAAAGUGGUGAAGACGUUUCGGAGUCCGCUGUCGAAUCCGUUCACCAGCAAAUCAGAGAACGUGCUUCCUCCGAUGGUAUCGACUUGGAUACCCGAGAAGUUCGUCUCACUGCUGGGAACGUCGGAGAACUCCGAGCGAAGACUGCCAGGUUCUCUGAGCGUGGAGCUUUCGCACCUCUCGUUAGCAGUGUUCGUACAAAGUUUCACUCACCUCUACUUGCGAUGGGUGUCGAGAUCGCCGACUUGCCUGGAUAUACAGACACGAACGCUCACCUGCGACAGGCAUCGAAGGACUACUCGCAGAAUGUUUCAAAAGCUGUCUUUGUCGCCGAUCUUUCAAGAUGCCUGACUACGCCCGAGUUAAAGAAGAGCUUGAAGCAAACCAUCAAGCAGAGAGGUACAGAGAACGUCUGUCUGGUUCUGCGUGGAAAAGAGAACGUUGACAAAUCCACGAGUAAGUGGACUAAAGAUGAAAUCUCUCAUCUCGAACAUCUGGAAAAAUCUCUGAAGGCCGCAAAACUCCAACUUGACACUAUCGAUGAUGAGAGUCUCGCUGCGCAAGCCACAGUCAAUGUUCAAAAGUGCGAUCGCCACAUACUCGAGUACAGAAUCAGCGUCCGUGACCGUGUGGUCACAGAUCACUUCUCUCAAAAGGAGUAUCGAAGCAAGCACGACAACAGCAAGAUACGUGUUAUUACAGUGGCCAACAAAUGUCACGAACAGUACAUGCUCGGCAAGAACGGAGCCAUCCUCUCUGUCGACCAGACUGGUAUCAAGGAGCUCCGCGCCUACAUGUGUGAAGCUCCUAGCACAGAUCGCGUCAGAGCUUUUGCACGCCACCUUGCAUUGUGCCUCACAAAGAUACUCCGCGUUUCCAUUUGGGCUGAUGGACCCAAGAUGCCUCCUCGCGAUACUGCAAUGGCGCUCUUCGAGCAAUACACACGCUGGAGCAUCAAGGAAUUCAAAUCCUCGCUAACCAGAGCAGUGGUACAGUACAAGAAGUCACUUUACACCCGCUUUACCGACACAUGGGAGGAGGCCGUCCAGAAGGUUAUCGAUCGUUGGAUUGCUUCAUACGCUGCUCGUACUCAAGGCGUCUUCAUCCGACAAGGCGGAAGACACUCUCCGAACACGAAAGGAGUGAAGACUGCAGCUAAGAAGCAAAAGCUUGUCUCUUGGCCUGAAGAUCUUCUGGUCGUUGCCGAAGAUGAUGUCGUAGACCUCCUCAAGCCCACUUGGGCGGCCAUAAACGAGGUUGAAUCAGGCAUUGAAAAGUAUACUCGCAACGUUGUGGACAAGAUCAGUCGGGGACUCAAGACACUGGACACCAUUGGAGAUGCUACCUUGGAAGGUGUCCUCUCGCUUUUCGAAGAUGAGAGAGACUUGUGCGUUCGCGACUUGCAUGACGACAUCAUUGAGCUCAAGAACAACCUGAAGUCGACCGCCAUGAAGUCUACCGCUGACGAACCUUGCGACGAAGACUCGCCUAUCUUUGUCAGAGAGACAUUCAAAAUCUUCAAGACCGCCUUCGACAAGUUCCCACCCAAGACCAAGAACCUUUCCAAGGAGCGCAUGAAGUACAUCAGAGAACAGAUCACCACUAACAAGGGCCCUUACUUCAUGAUGAGCAAUGAGAUCGCUAGUGGAAUGGGUCCUGUCAUCGACAAGUAG